UUGUGUUUUAUACGGAAAAAGCCCUUGAAUUAUCACGUGACAAUCACGUAGCUGUGUUCACCGCCUGAAUCUAUAUAUACUUGGUUGUGUUGAGGCAUAAAAGACUAGGCAAAUUUUCCCGGGCUUCGUGUAGAUCCCGAUCAAUACACAUUAUACGAUUCUCCACAAUAACCUCCCUUUCCGGUUGCCGGCGUCCAGGAAAACGUCAUCUCUCCUAGGGCGGCUUGUUUCGUCCCUGCGGGGUGAGAUGAUUUUUGAUGAUAAACAGCAGUGAAUCCUUGCGAUGCUUGUAAUCCUGCAUCAUCCUUGUUGUUGAAUGGGCUGUUGCUAUUCCACUGUGGGAAGACGGGUUCCUGCCCGUGAAGACCCAAGGACUCUUGCUUCUCAGACUUCUUUCAGUGUUAGUGAGGUUGAAGCACUAUUUGAGCUAUUCAAGAGCAUAAGCAGUUCUGUAGUUGAUGAUGGACUAAUUAGCAAAGGUAAAUUUCUACUAGCUUUGUUCAAGAACAAAAGGAAAAAGAAUCUGUUUGCAAAUAGGAUUUUUAGUCUUUUUGACGUUAAGCAUAAGGGAGUCGUCGAUUUUAGUGACUUUGUUAGAUCACUUGACGUGUUCCACCCUAAAGCUCCACUAGAAGACAAAAUCAAUUUUUCUUUCAAGCUUUAUGAUUUGGAUGGAACAGGAUUCAUUGAGCGCCAUGAGGUUAAGCUGAUGUUAAUUGCACUUUUACGUGAAUCUGAGCUAAGGCUUGCUGAUGAGACAAUUGAGAUGAUACUAGACAAUACGUUUUUAGAUGCCGAUGCAAACCGGGAUGGGAAGAUUGACAAAUCAGAAUGGCAAGCUUAUGUUACCAAAAAUCCCUCCUUGUUGAAAAUAAUGACACUUCCUUAUCUAAGGGAUAUUACGACAACCUUUCCAAGCUUUGUGUUCAAUUCCCAAGUUGAAGAAGAGAUUACAUCAUGACAUUAAUUGACAAGGAGGGAUUUGAUCAUUUUUUCAUGAAGAAAUUCAAACUUGUACAUGUUGAAUAAAGAGGAUCUAAAAAAAUAACGCAUGCAUGCACUAUAAUGUGAUGCACAAUCGAUAACGAUUUGGAUUUACAUUCACC